ACUGCUGCACUAGUGCAAUAAGUUAGAAUGAGAAAAAAUAUAUUUGUCUUAUUCUAACUUAUUGCACCAGUGCAGCAGUGCAGGAAUAAAAAACAGACCUUAUUUCAUUUCUCGGCGUAGAGUGACUUUAUAUUUGUCAGUCGUCCGUUUGAAACAAAACUGAGUCAAAUGAGCAUAAUUACAUCAAUAUUUGAAGUUUAAACUAAAUAAUUACUUCGAAAAUUAUUAUUAUUUGAUGUUAGAUCUAACAAUUACUAAAAUCUAGAAAGCACCGGCAAGACAAUUAUACCAAGAAUCAACAUUAUCAUAAAUCAAUUAAACGAGAUAUGUUAAUUUUCUUAUUACACUCUCUUCCACAAUGUUAUUCGUCGCAAUCGAUUAUUCUACUUAAAGUACUAUCAGUUUAUUCUACUUAAAGUACUAUUACUUAAAGUAGUAUCAAUAUUGAUUUUUUUAAACAUGUCACAAAAUUAUCUAUUUUGCAAAUUAUAACAAAUGUAUAGCACGAUGGAGGAUCCUACAAAAUGUGAAGAUACUGAAUCUAGCACUGCCAUUCCAACAUGUUCUCAAGUGAAUCAAUUGAGUUUUGAUAUAAAGUCUUUACCAGAUAGUAAGAAUACACAGGUACGCAUUGUCCGGGGUACCAAGAAGUUCAAAACUGACAAUGAUUCUUGCAACAUUGAGAAAAAGGAUGUAAAAGAGGAAGAAACGGCAGAAGUGAAAGUAAAAUCUCUCAAACGUUCCUGUGAAUUAUGGUCUAUGGAGGAUAAAAAUACUUUUUUUAAAGCGCUCAACGAAUAUGGUAAAGAUUUUGAUGCACUGCAAAGCUAUUUUUUGAGUCAAGGAAAGAAACGUGGGCUUUCGGAUGUUAUGAUAAAAAAUAAAGAGCAAAUUCGACAUUUUUACUACAGAACGUGGCUCAAGAUAUCAAAACAUCUUAAAUUUUCAGAAGAUGUCAAAAAAACAACCCAGGAAUUAUAUGGACUAAUAAAUUAUGGUGAACUUAGAAGAAAAUUGCCCCGCAUUCACGAGAAAGUUCAUUUAAGAUUGAAUGAAUUGGUAUAUUGGGGAUCUACACAGGUUAGACUUCGAGGAAAAACUAUGAGAAUUAAAACACCAAUAUGCAGAGCACUUAGAAAAUUAAACCAGUUAGAAGAUUGGCAAGAAGAGAUUAAAUUACCAUCUAGAAUAACAAUAGAAUUGCGACCGCGUAACAACAUGGCUUGGUGGCAAGUGCAAGCAGCAUCUAUGAAUCCUAGAGUCCGCACGCUACUACCCAUACAAAGACGCCUCUCAAGUUUAUUAAUAUUUUUGCAACAGCGAUGGCGACUCGCAAAAUAUACCACGUGCUCUACUGUGGAUCUUGUUAAUGACGUAAAAGACACUUGUUUAUUACGAGUUGCUCCCCCGGAAGGAUGUAAAAUCGCUUUACCGAUGGUUAAUCUUGGAGAAUAUCUCACUAGCAACAGCGUCAGCUUGAACUCAUACGAAAAGCGUCUCGGUUUGAAGAGCUCGAAGGAAGAUUUGUUGGGAUCCGUCCAAUACUUAAAAGGAGUAGGGAAAAAAGGCAUUAAACGAUAUAAAUCAGAUAAAAAGGUCUUAAAUCGUACUGACGAAAAUUGUACGCUGCCAGAUGUCAGUAGCGACGUGGACCUCUUGGAAACGGGAAGCAAUAUAUCCGAAAAACCUACAAUUAUAAAUAAUAUAGAGAAAUCGUCGUCGGAACAUCACUCAGAACCUAAUAGAUUUCCUGGUAGAGAAACUAUUGAAAGGAUUCGAAAGGGUUGGAAUGUCGAGGAAGCGAAUACGAUUACUGUAGGUGAUCUUUUUCUAAUGUUUGGUCGUGAAUCAAAGAUUAUACUUGAAUACUGGUGGGAGUGGCUGCCUACCGAACAAUACACAACUGAAUCAGCGUCAUCGAGUAUCAUCCGUGACAAUAGUUUAUGUUUGGUUUUACAAAAACUAUUGUCACUGGCAAAACACAAUUAUGGCACAAACAAAGUAUACGAUAACACAUCGGGAAGUAACGAAACGGUAAUCUCAUCUCGAGUCCCAUCUAUAAAGGAAUCUACUUUUAGAAGACCUCUUAUCCCACAAACAUAUCAUAAGAUUGGUACAGCUGACGCAUUUAAGACCCAACUUGAUAUGUAUCCAUCGUUCAUUAAUUUGCACGAGGAUGAAAAUGAUCAUUUACUCUUGGACAUGGAUUCUUUAAUUCCCAAACGAAGCAGUUUCCUAGCGAACCGCAGUUGCGAAGCAACCAAGAAGAAAUGUUCACUCGGUGAUGAAGUUGAGAUCGACGGCACCGGUUGGUCAGAUAAACCUAUUAGAAACUGGUGUCAAGAGGAAACAAUAAAUUGGCUUAUGUCAGCAGCGUCGUAUAUGGGUCAGCCUUACAGUUCCAUUCAGCACAGUCUCGCCGUACCCGGGAAAGAUAUCAUUACUUUUACGCGGCAGGAUUUUAUUAAUCAUGAUCCUAUUUAUGGAAGCCAAUUGUAUGAUCUUCUUCAUUCACAACGUAUAUCAAAUCUUCUGCCAUCAUUUGAUACCAUUCAAUCGCAAUCAGAAGACGAGUACACGCGAAUCAAUUCUAGCAACAUAUCCGAUGCAGAAUCAGAUAAUAGUAUCGAAAUUGCGACCAAAAGACUGCCCGGCAGACCAAGGGUACUAAAGACAAAGAAAAAUCCCGCUAGUCAAGGAAAAUUAUGGGAAUUUAUUAGAGAUUUACUUCGCAAUAGAGAAACAUGUCCAAGUUUAAUUUGCUGGGAGGACUAUUCGCAGGCCAAAUUUCGCUUUGUAAAAAGUGACGAAGUAGCAAAACGAUGGGGUUCACGAAAAGGAAAUACAAAAAUGACUUAUGAAAAGCUUAGUCGAGCUAUGAGAUACUAUUACAAAAGCAAAAUAUUUCUACCAGUACUCGGUCGAAGAUUGGUGUAUCAAUUUGGACCAAAUGCGAAAGGAUGGCAAACGGAUAAUCCGAAUUUCCGACACUGAAACAAUUGUCGAAAAAAAGCGAAUUUAUGACAUGACCAAAUACACAAAAUCAACAAAUUAUAAAACAAACAUCUUAAAAAAAACAUGCGUGUUUUUCGAUAUAGAAAAAAACAAUCGCUAUUAAUAUUCCUUUAUGUUCGUUAUAUUUAAAGCAUUGUCAAAUAGUUAUGUUUCUCAGAACCAAAGAUAACAAUAUAAUUGAUCUUCUGAAAAAAAGGAUGAAAUCUGAAGGAAAAAAACAUUGAUUUUUUUCUUUCUUGUUUUAGUUUCUAAAUAUUUUGCACAAAUACUUUGCAUUUUUACCAUAUUCUUGUAUCCUCAAGACUAAUCGUGUAAUAAUAACGGAUUUGAGAAAUAUAAUUAAAAAAUUGGAAUUAAAGAAUACUGAAAGAUGAUUACAAAAACAGACAAGUGGUUUUGGAAGAAUCGCCAAAAUAUAAUCUUUUUGAAAAAAGAAGAGGAAAGUCAUAUAAUUUUUCAAGAAACCAUUCCUUCAUUGUUAUACCAAUUAUCGUUUUGUAUAUAUUUGGUAUUUGUACAUAAAGAUAAGACGCAUAAUCAUCAUUAUUAAUAUUCUUAUGCAGCUAACGAACUUUUAAAAUUAGCUUAACAAGAAUAGGUUCAUUAUCGUUUCAUUUAUAUACACAAAACUUCAAAUGUUGUAAAACUGGUUAAAACAACAGUCCUUACAUGUAUAUAAAUAAAAUAGUUUUUCUUCUA